GCCUGAGGACGUGGUUGCACUCUCCCUUCUGGGGAUAUGCCCUUGAGCCCAGGCAGAGGAGAGCGCAGCCAGGGCAGGACCUGGCAGCCCUGGUACAGAGCCCAGAGGGGGCAUCAGUUCCUGCUGGUCCUGCUCUGUUUACAGACAAGCUGCUGUCCUCCCUGCAAAGGGGAGUGGGUGGGGCAGAGGGCAAGUGCCAGGGGGGCAGAAGGCUGGGCAUGUGGCUGGCAUGAGAUGGUGUCUGAGUAAUGUCAGGCACCUGGAGGCAUUGACCCCAGGACCCUGGACCCCAGACCUCUGACCGGGGGGCAGCCAGCGUUCAGGUACCCCAACCCCUGCCCUGGGUCCGGCGUCCCCCCAUUAGUGAGUCUUGGCUCUACUUAUAGCAUCUGACACCAGAGGGGCCGAAAAUAGCCCCUGGAGAAGGGGGAGGAGGGGGCUAUUUAAAGGGCCUGGGAGGGGAGAGAGAAUGAGGAGUGAUCAUGGCUACCUCAGAGCUGAGCUGCGAGGUGUCGGAGGAGAACUGUGAGCGCCGGGAGGCCUUCUGGGCAGAAUGGAAGGAUCUGACACUGUCCACACGGCCCGAGGAGGGCUGCUCCCUGCAUGAGGAGGACACCCAGAGACAUGAGACCUACCACCAGCAGGGGCAGUGCCAGGUGCUGGUGCAGCGCUCGCCCUGGCUGGUGAUGCGGAUGGGCAUCCUCGGCCGUGGGCUGCAGGAGUACCAGCUGCCCUACCAGCGGGUACUGCCGCUGCCCAUCUUCACCCCUGCCAAGAUGGGCGCCACCAAGGAGGAGCGCGAGGACACCCCCAUCCAGCUUCAGGAGCUGCUGGCGCUGGAGACAGCCCUGGGUGGCCAGUGUGUGGACCGCCAGGAGGUGGCUGAGAUCACAAAGCAGCUGCCCCCUGUGGUGCCUGUCAGCAAGCCCGGUGCCCUUCGUCGCUCCCUGUCCCGCUCCAUGUCCCAGGAAGCACAGAGAGGCUGAGAGGGACUGUGACUUGGGCUCCGCUGUGCCCGCCCUGGGCUGGGCCCUUCCUGGCUAGGACUGUGGAGGGGAGCUGCUGGCCAUGGCUGCUUUGUAGUUUGCCCAGAGUUGGGGGCUAGGGGAGGAGGGAGCCAGAGGCCAGGAUGCCUGAGCCCCCUGAGUUCCCAAAGGGAGGGUGGCAGAGACAGUGGGCACUAAGGGUGGAGAGUUGGGGGCCAGCACAGCUGAGGACCCUCAGCCCCAGGAGAAGGGACAAAAGGUACUGGUGAGGGCAAGAGGUGCCUGGGAGGAGUGGCCCUGAUCCAGGAAAAUGUGAGGGGAAUCUGGAACGCUCUAGGCAGAAGAAGCUGGGAGGGAGGGGGAGGUGAAAAGGGCAGAGGCAAGGAUGGUGGGGCCCCCAGCACCCUCUGUUAGUGCCGCAAUAAAUGCUCAAUCAUG